AUGAGGCGCCUUCAGGUGAAAAACACUCUAUGGGAGGGCGGAGUCCGAGGGGCGGCGGUACUUUGGAGUCCACUUCUAGCAAACAAGCCUCGUGUUGCCACUCAGAAGGUCCAUAUAUCCGACUGGCUGCCCACUUUUCUCUAUGCUGCUGGAGGAAACAUAAGCGAACUGGAAAACAUAGACGGUGUAAAUCAAUGGGAGGCUCUGUCCGAAGAUCUGGUGUCCGACAGGAAGUCCAUAGUUCACAACAUUGAUGAUAUCUAUGGAAGCGCGUCCAUUACUCUAGAGGAAUGGAAACUACACAAAGGGACCAAUUACAACGGAGCGUGGGACUACUGGUACGGGCCCAGCGGACGUGAAGGCAGCUAUAACGUCGAUCUGGUUCGUACAAGUUAUGCUGGCCGAGCCAUAGACAAGUUGGGCCUCAUACCGUCCACAGACAAAAUAUUGUCUCUCAGGGAAGAAUCAACAAUAAAGUGCAACGCGAGCAUUGUGCCCAUAGCGUGCAAGCCGUUGUUGGCACCUUGCUUGUUCAAUAUAGAAGAAGAUCCGUGUGAAACACGAAAUUUGGCGGAUUUAGAGCCAAACGUCUUAGCGCAGAUGCUCGAUGAACUUGAGCGCGCGAAUCGAACUGCGGUGGCGCCCAACAACAAAGAGGGCGAUCCUCGCGGUGACCCCAAGUACUGGGGUCGGGUCUACACCAACUUUGGCGAUUACGAUGUGCCAUACAACAGCGCUGACUGUACAUAG